GAAGAAAAACACUUCAGAUUGUUGCCUCCUUUGUAGUUCAUCCUGUUUCUAUAUAUAUAUUUCCUUCAGCACACACCUUCACAGUCCCACCUGUUUCUGUGUCUCCGUCUCUGGGUGCGUUAGCGAUAUUUCUAUUCAUGCGGAGAUUCCCAGUCUCUGGUUUGCUUUUGUUGUUUUCACUGCCGUAUUUUUAGGGUUUUCUUUCAUGUAAUUGUUGUGCAGUAAUUGGUAAGAGCGAUUCUAAAGCUGCAUACACCGAAGACGUGCUCUCCACUAUUUCCAUCACAGUCGUUUUAGGCAACGAGGUUCUCAUCUUCUGUAUACAUAUUUAUAUAUAUAUUCUCUACUCGUUGAACGCAGAAAGAUGGCCAGCGUUCAGCCGGACGAGACGACGGCCCUCGCAGCCGGUGGCGUCGCGGCGGCGGACAGGAAGAACUACGAGACAGUGCCGGUGGCGGUCAGCGUCACAUCCGGCGAGACGCGGGGCGUCACCCAGAUCAUCGACGCCGUGCACGCCCGCCGCAACUCCGAGAAGCGCGUCCUGCUCUUUGCGCUCACCUUCUGUUUUGUGUUUAUGGUGGUGGAGUUUGCUAGCGGUGUCAUUGCCCACUCACUCGCACUGCUGACGGAUGCCAUUCACCUCCUUACCGACGUCGGCUCCUACGCCUUGAGCAUCGGGGCUCUCAUCGCGGCGGGACGUGCGGCGUGUGGACGCUACAGCUACGGCUGGCACCGCGCCGAGGUGAUCGGCACCCUCAUCUCCGUCUUCUCCAUCUGGGCUCUCGUGGCGUGGAUUCUGGUGGAGGCCGGGUACCGCACGUACGACAUGUACAUGUGCAGCCGCGUGCCGGCGAAGCUCGCGCUGGGCGACAACCGAGUGCGGGAAUGCAAGGCCGUCGACUCCCGUCUGAUGAUCCUCGUCGGCAUUCUUGGGAUGGUGGUGAACAUCGUCUGCGCUUCGAUUCUGUAUUACGGCGGCUCGCACGGACACAGCCACUUCGGUUCCUCACACGAUCAUCACGAUGAUGAUGACCACGGACACGAUCACGACCACGACCACGGACACGACGAUGGCCACGACCAUGACCUCGAACACGGGCACGCACGUACCCCUUCGAGUCGCACGGGCGAAGGCAUCGGCAGCAGUAAAGGCUUCGCUGUACACGCUGCGAUCCUCCACGCCCUCGGCGACUGUGUGCAGUCCCUUGGUGUGAUUCUUGCUGGUGUGUUCAUCUACGUGGCGAACAUGAUGUACUACGGCCAGCACACGUACAUGUACUCCCUCUUCAACCUGGCCGAUCCCUUCUGCUCCGUCAUGUUCGCCGUUGUCACGCUGAACAUGACGAAGUCUCUUCUUAUGGAGCUUUUUGGCAUUUUGAUGGAGAGCACCCCGCGCCACAUCGACUACGACGCGUUGGAGGAGGCGUUGAUGCAGAUUGACGGCGUGGUGAGCGUGCACGACCUGCACAUUUGGUCCCUCUCCGCCGAGUACGUCUCCCUGUCUGUCCACCUCGUGUCGGACGACAGCACUGUGUUGCCCAAGGCGCAGCACAUUUGCCAGGUGCACUUCGGCAUUGGCCACACCACGAUUCAGGUGGACACCGUCGCCGUCGGCACGUCGGAGUGCGGCAACAGUUGCGCCACCAUUUCGCCGCGCAGGAAGUAG